CGUAGGUAAUAAGAAGACAAUGAUGGAACCACUCCCGAAGGGCAUUGAGUCAGAGGAGAUGCAAGGAUGGCAGGCAAAUGUUUGAUCAUCAGAUUUUAAAAUGUGUCAUGAUUUGAUUAUUAUUGUACUUUCGCAUUACUCUGAAAAUAUUUUUAAAUGGGUCGUGAUCCAGAGUCUGUAAAUUUGAUAUUUAUAAGUAAUUGUCAUUUUCAAAUGUCAAGCGAAAUUUUUAUUUAACUCUCGUUUCACCUGAAUUCGUGUAAUUCUGGGUUAUACGGAUUGGGGUGUUACAAUUGAAUUGUAUGUUUGAUGUUGUUUUCGAUUACUUGCAGAAUGAAGGGUUCGUUGCCGAAGUGUGAGGCUGUGUAUUGUUUCCAAAUAUUCCAUCCAAUGAUUCGAGGAACUACCAAUCGAAGGUUACCUUUAAGGGAUGAAGAAUUAGAGAGCAGAUUCCAUUCCAGGAGGUGUUGUUUGAGUGUAAUAUUCUCUCUAGCUUGUGGACCAUCCAAGAGGUAUGCAAGAUGACGCCAAAUAUUAUUAAUACUUUCGUAGUGGAGGCGGCAGUGGUUUAGAGAAGCUUCCUUAUUUUUACAGAAAGGGCAUCUAGAAGGGUAGCAGGUGAGGAAAAGGCUGUGUUUUUUAGGAAAUUGGAGGAUGUUGUAGUUCACUUUCCAUAGAAAUAGUUGGAUCUUAGGGAUUUGAUGAUUGUCCCAGUUAAACUGGUUGCUGAGUUGUAUUGCCUCUUUCUUUCUACAGAUGUUGUAAGCCUUCUUUAUAGAAAAGAUUUGAGCCUCCUCAUUGUCUUUGUUCUGAUUAGCUUCUGUAAGAUGUUCGCAAGCCAGAGGUGUAUUCUGCAAAUUCUCUUUCUGGUAGACAUGACGGUGCGGGUGCUAACCCUGGAGGACAGUGAUGGUGGGAAGAUGGGCGGUAUGAGUACCAUCAGUACCGAAAGCGUGUCAAGCGUUGACUCCAGUCGAACCUUCGUGCUUGGUAAGAGACGAAAGAACAAGAGGCAAAGUUACGAUUCAAAAGAACGCUACCAACGUGCACACCGCAAGGCUCAGAUAGCAAAGAUAAGAAUCUGGAAGCGCCGGAAGGCACCAUGGGAAAGAGAUGACCCAGAGGAAACGUUCAGCGUGGACUCUGCUAAUAGUAUCUGCGGCGCAGGUGGGGAUAAUCCUCCAGUGGACUCAGCCCGACUAGUCGAGUGGGAGUGGGUUGCCUGCUAACUGAUGACAUAGUCUAAGCUGUAAUCAAUGCAACAUUUCGUCCCACUUAUCUAAACCAAAUAUGUUCCUUGAAUGAAAUUCGUCAAUUGGU